AUGAUGACUCGCCGAUUUCGAAUAACCCUUGCUUUUUGUCUUGCGGCCAUCUCGCUUUGGUACUUGCAUGGAGCCGUUACGGGCCCUAGUUAUCGGGAUUAUCUAACAGAUCAUUUGUCAACGGCAAGCUCUCGAAACACGACAGAAUAUAUCGAUUUCUGGCGUCAGUUUCAAUCCCUGCUGUUGACCCACAAGCCAACAUGCAACUCCCCAAAACGACUCAAAAAUGCAGAAACUACCGGCUUUAAGUCAUCCGGUGCCGGACCCCGCCCUGAUUUGCUGAAAAUGACUACUCGAGAUGUCCGCGCGAUGAAGAAAGCCCACGAAGACUUUGUCGACGCAAUUGAACUUCAUCCACCCGCUUUACCUUAUACACCUGGGACCCGAGGUCUGGUUACAACGGCAGGAGGGCCAUAUCUCCCGGUCUUGGUGAUUUCACUACGCAUGUUACGUCGCACAGGUUCACAACUACCUAUGGAGGUAUUCUUGGCCACGCCAGACGAGUACGAAAAGUUUAUCUGCGAUGAGGUCUUGCCGUCGCUCAACGCCAAAUGUGUCGUGCUGUCAGAAAUCAUGAACUCUGGGUCAAAUGGAAGUGGCAUUGAAAAAUACCAACUGAAACCGUUCGCGAUGAUGUUUUCUUCGUUUGAAGAGAUCCUGUUUCUAGAUGCCGAUGCGUUCCCAAUUUCCAAACCCGAGUCGCUGUUUGAACAGGAACCAUUCAAGAGCACCAAGCUCCUCACCUGGCCGGACUUCUGGGCAUCCUCUGCUUCUCCAUUCUACUACCAAAUUGCCUCACAGAGCGUCCCGGCAAUGGAAUCCAGACAGUCGACCGAAUCUGGCGAGGUUCUUAUCUCAAAACGAACACAUUUAAAGACCCUCCUUCUCUGCACCUACUACAAUUUUUGGGGUCCAACACAUUAUUAUCGUCUUCUCUCUCAAGGCGCCGCUGGAGAAGGAGACAAAGAAACAUUCAUCAAUGCCGCAGUUGCGGUCAACGAACCGUUCUACCAAGUCAGUGAACCUAUUUGCGCAAUGGGUCACAGGACAGAAGGCGGUCUUGCUGGUUCUGCAAUGCUUCAAUUCGAUCCGAUUGAAGAUUAUCAAUUGGCGCGAAGUGGAAAAGCGCAUGCAAAAGGGUCUCCAGCGGCUGCUCCCAAGGCAUUCUUCAUCCACGCCAACUUCCCCAAGUUCAAUCCAGCGACUGUCUUUUCCAAGCAGGCCGUCAACCCAGCUUUUAAUGACGAUGGAACAUACACUCGUGCUUGGACAAUACCCGAGGAUAAGAUCAAAGCUUUUGGGUCUGACGUUGAAAAACACUUUUGGGCAGAGAUCCUCUGGACUGGUUGCGAAUUAGAAACCAAAUUUCGAAGCUGGGGUAACAGGACCGAUAUCUGCAGCGGAGUGACGAAGUAUUGGUCUAGUGUUUUUGGAUCAGAAGAUCCAGCUAAUGUAUGA